GAGCGAGGCAAGGGAGCAGAGCGCUGCUGGCGAGGGUCCCGGGCUGCCGGGAGACGCAGCGCAGCAGCAUGAAGUGCCUGCUCCGGAGCUCCGUCCUGCUGCUCCUGCUGCUGGCCGACGCUGCCAGAGGACAGGAGAGCUGUGAUGACCUGAAAAGGGGGGACAACAGCUACAACUGCUGUAACACCACCGUCAGCCUGGAGGAGGAAGGCAGAGAGAGCGUGAUGCUGUUUGCCUGGUGCAAGGAGCUGCAGCAGGCCAGCAAGCCAGCUUGCAGGUGCCUGAGGGAGAAGAUCCACAGGUUUUUGCAGUCUGCAAGCUUCUCCAGCGGCGAGAAGAUAGCAGGGGUGAAAGUGCUGCUGGUGAAUAUCAGCAGAGACAUCCUCCACGAUGUCGUCUUCUCCUUCUCCCCCUUGGAGGCCCCCAAGAGGAUAAACUCAACGGAGAGGGGGAACACAAGCAAAAUCCGACUCCCCAGGGAGCUCUUUCAGUCCAUGAGCAGCCGGACAGCCCAGGUGGUGGUGACGGUGCUCAACAUCAAGCAGCUCUUCAUGUUCAAGGAGACCAACCAGAAAGGGCAUGUCCUGGACAACACGGUGGUGGGCAUCACAGUGGGAGACAGGAGGGUCACUGGACUCCGGGACCCUGUUCAGCUCACCUUCACCCACGGGCAGCUGCCCCACCACGUGAGCCCCCACUGCGUCUUCUGGGACCCCAGCAAAGGCCAGGGAGGAGGCUGGAACACCAGUGGAUGUGUCACUCAGCUCGGGGACAAGGGGACAGUCUGCUCCUGUGACCAUCUGACCUUCUUCACCCUCCUCCUGAGUCCGACUCUGGACAGGUCCACAGCACGAGCCUUGAUGAUUAUUGCAAAUGUUGGCUGUGGGGUAACCGUGGUUUUCUCAGUCUUCUCCAUUGUCUUCUACAUCUUCUUAAGGUGCACAUACAAAAAGUUCAAGUCUGACGAAACCAUCCAGAUCAACAUGGCACUGCACAUGAACCUCAUCAGCAGCGUGUUCCUUCUCAACCUGACCUUCCUGUUCAACAACUGGAUCUCUAGCAUGAGCCAGCCAGGGCUGUGCAAAGGCAUGGGGGGCUUCAUGCACUACUGCCUGCUCUGCUGUUUCACCUGGAUGGCUCUGGAAGGCUGUCAUCUCUACCUCCUCUUCGUCAAAGUGCUUGGCACCUACAUCCAGCACUACCUGGUGAAGCUGUGCAUCGUUGGCUGGGGUUUCCCUGCUCUCGUGGUCAUUGUAGCAGGAAGCAUUGGCAGCUAUGGAAAAUAUAGCAUUCAGAGUAUAGAUGACCAGCCCAUAUUCUCCUUGUGCUGGAUCAGUCCUGAGCAUGUCAUGGUCCACUACAUCACAAAUUGCGGCUAUUUUGGCCUCAUCUUCCUCUUCAACACAGUGAUCUUUGGGGUGGUGGCCUGGAAGAACUACCAGCUGCAAAGCACUAGGGCUGCAAAGGAGAAUAGGAAGGCCUGGAAAGUGGGCCUGAUGGCAGUAGGACUCUUCUGCUUGCUGGGAGCCACCUGGUCUUUGGCAUUCCUCACCUAUGGCAACACUUCUGUGCCCAUGCGCUACCUCUUCACCAUCCUGAACUCCCUCCAAGGUGUCUUCAUAUUCAUCUGGCUGGUUGUCCUGUACUAUCCAAAGAAAGAAGAAGCAACUGGCUCCUCCUCCCAUAUCAUCAGAAACGACAAAACCACAACUGUUUCCCAGGACUAGCUGUUGGCCGGAUGUCUCUCCCUGCCAUCUAGUGUACCCACUGCAAGCAAGCUUCUAUUCUAAGGGACGUAGCUUCCCUCCGGAGAGCGAGGGCUGGGAAAGCAGCUGGGGACCCUGGCAGAGAAGCCUAGCUCCGGGGUCCUGACACGUGCCUCAGUUUCCCCUUCAGUGGGAGUGAGCCCCGAUAGCAGGGCUCUUCGCUUUGGUUGCCAUAUCCAAGUAGUCUGCCUUGGGCAUCACGAAGUACCUCUGUGCGAGGAGCUCUGGAUACAUCCCUUCUGCCAAAGUCCCUCUGGGCAACAACUUUCCCAUUGCCUCAGAAAUGGCCCUCAGCUCUCGUUUCCUAGGAACACCUGCCAGGAGAGCAGAGCCCUCGAGCUGCCUGCAUUCAACUUGGAUGGAGCAGUCCCAGUUUUAGCUCCUUACUCCCAGCAGAAGAGACAGAGUUUGGCACUGGACCAGCCUGGAGACUGGUAUCACUGCUGUACCCAGACUUUGCAGAUUGUUUGAGUCGGGGGGAAUUUACUUGCCCAGAGCCAGGAGGUUCAGGUCUGGGGAUUAGAAAAAAGCUAAACCCCAUGGACUUCUCAGCAAUACAGCUUCAAAAUGAACCGUGACAGAUUUUUUAGAGCAAGGGCUAUACUGUACUUCCAAGUACAAAGGCUGCUGUACUUCCAUCCUGCAAGAUGUUUUCUGCAACUAAAAUGAUCUCAGUGAGGAUACUUUAUUUCAACACUUCAAGCAUUAGGCAGCUGCAAUUCCUACGCACUCAGCCAGCUGCACCAUGGCUCCUCAGAGCUGCACUGGGUUCUUCACACUGUUUGCCUGAGCGUCUGCACAUAAACACACAACCAUCUUGCCAGGGAAAACAGUUGUCUCUUCUGUAUUUGUGCUUUAGUAUUAAAUCUCUAUCA